CUUGAAAACUAAACAGUAAUUUGUUGCAUCACUUCAUAAAAGGAAAAUGUAAUCUUAUUCUGAUUAUUGUGAUGGGUCACACCCAACACUUAUAGCAGCUCUAUAUGUGCUUUGCAGUGCCACUGAAUGGAUGUCAAAAAGAUGAAAAUGUGAAUAAAUGAGUAUAAUAUUUUGUAUAAGAUGCAUCACUGUUCCAUUAUAAGAGUUCUCUGUGAGUGAAAUACCCUUUCCUUUCCUUUAUUUACAUGUAGGGCCUACACAAGCAUACCAUGGAGCACAAAUUAUGAUUAAAACUUGCAUAAGCGUACAAUAUAAAGAUUAUGCAUUUUGGCAGUCUACUAGCUUCUAGCCCUUUUUUAAAUUAUUACAGGAAUGUGGCCCGUGGCACCUUAUUUUUUCUGCAUUUGGCCCCCGACUGUAAAAGUUUGGACACCCCUGAUGUAAAGGAUCCACUUGAUGAGAGUUAUGGUCAUCAUUAACUACUCUGUCAUUGUGUUACAUUAUGUACUAUAAGUUCUGAGAGAUCAAUCGAAUCCUCAAACCCAAAAAAGUUUUUAAAUCUAAUUCUAACUGACCUGGAUAGGAUUACCUAGACAUAAUAAAUAAGGACACAUGUGUGCCAAAGAGAUUAUGUAAAUUGUAUCAAGGGGCAGUCAAGAAGAGGGUAUAGUCAUAGUUCUCAAAGUCAGACUGUAAGGUCAAACAAAGAAUGUUUAUGUACAUUUGUAUUAUUGUAAAUAUAUACAAUAAGUGAACAAAAGGAGGAGCUUAUGGUAAGUAGGGGGAAUGCUCAUGCAAUACUGGUUACGGCACACAGAUCUAUAGUAUCGCUGUUUCCCCUUAAACAUCCAUUACAGACAACUAUAUCAUGCUCCAAGAAAACAUGCAUAAAUUAUGACAAAUAAAAUAUUGCUAAGACUGCUAAAUAAAUAAUACAAAAAAGCAAUCCUUGGGAGGCCUGGGUAGCUCAGCGAAUAUUGACACUGACUACCAACCCUGGAGUCACGAGUUCGAAUCCAGGGUGUGCUGAGCGACUCCAGCCAGGUCUUCUAAGCAAACAAAUUGGCCUGGUUGCUAGGGAGGGUAGAGUCACAUGGGGUAACCUCCUCAUGGUUACGAUUAGGGGUUCUCGCUCUCAAUGGGGUGCGUGGUAAGUUGUGUGUGGAUCGCGGAGAAUAGCAUGAGCCUCCACAUGCUGUGAGUCUCCGCAGUGUCAUGCACAGUGAGCCAUGUGAUAAGAGACGUGGAUUAACUGUCUCAGAUGCAGAAGCAACUGAGACUUGUCCUCCGCCACACGGAUUGAGGUGAGUAACCGCGCCACCACGAGGACCUACUAAGUAGUGGGAAUUGGGUAUGCCAAAUUGGGAGAUAAGGGGAUUAAAAAAAAAGAAUAAUAAAAAAAGCAAUCUUUGCUUUUUGCAAGAAAUCAUGCACAAAUAUGACAAUUAAAAUCUUGCUAAGACUGCCAAAUAAAUAAUAUAAUAAAGCAACCAUUUGUUUUGGGAGCUUUAGCAUCUGAGUAAACAGGGCCAAAUAACCACCUUUUGUCAUUUCAGGACUGAGAGAAACUUGGUUUGAAAGUAGUAUUAUAUGACAAAAGAAAGCAGUAGUCAGGAUUAAACUAGUUUAGGUACAAUACACCUGGAGUGUAAGUCUUACUGCAUAUCCAAAUAAAAGCACCAAGGAGACUAUAUAAUGAGAAGAAAAUGACGAGAGCCCAAGAGAGUAGAGCAGACAGCACAGAUUUAAGCAAGAAAAGAAAAAAAGAAGAAAAGUACAAAUGAUGGCUCGAUUCCUUCAAGGUUCUAGACUAUACUUUGCAGUGACUGUUUUGAUGUUCGCAUUUGUCUCCAUCAAUGGUGUUGGCCUGAACGAUUUACUGGAGAGAGCUUCUCAACUUUCAGACAAACUGCACUCCCUUAGCACCUCUCUCACCAAUGACCUGGAUUCUCACUUUCCUCCAAUUGGGAGGAUAAUGAUGCCUCGUCCGUCAAUGUGCCACACAUCCUCCCUUCAAAUUCCCAAUGACAAAGACCAAGCCCUAAGAGUGCCAGAGGAUGAAUUGCUGGCUUUGACCCGGUCUCUACUGCUGGCAUGGUCCGAUCCCCUCGCUCUUCUCUCAUCUGAGGCAUCCAGCCUGGCACAUCCAGAACGCAACACCAUUAACAGCAAAACCAGGGAGUUACAGGACAACAUCAACAGUCUGGGAGCAGGUUUGGAGCGCCUCAUUCACAAGAUGGGCUCAUCUUCAGAGAACCUGUCCGAUCUCCCUUUUUUAAUUAGCAACCUGGGCCAGGAUAAAACCUCUCGUCUUGUCAACUUUCAUUUCCUCCUGUCCUGCUUCCGCAGGGACUCCCACAAAAUUGACAGUUUCCUCAAAGUUCUCCGCUGCCGAGCAGCCAAGAAGAGACCUGAGAUGUGUUAAGAAUGUCUCUUUCCAUUAUAAAGAGUGAUUUGGAAUGUUUCUUUAUGAUACCAUAUGGCAAACCAUGCCUUCUAUUUGUUUCUAAGCCAUAGAUAUUGACGUACUUUUCCAUAUACUUUAAUAAAUAACUGAGAUAAUGCGGCAGAAGAUUUCUCUGUCUACAAAGAUUGAAUUAAAAAUGGUCAGGUCAGAUCUAUAGUAUGCUCAUUUAAUGCACAAAGUAACAUCUCAGAUAACUCUUUAUACACUGAUCAGCUACAACGUUAAAACCACCUGCCUAAUAUUGUGUAGGUCCCCCUCGUGCCAACAAAGCAGCACCAACCCGCAUCUCAGAAUAGUAUUCUCAGAAUAGUAUUCUGAGGUGCUAUUCUUCUCACCACAAUUGCACAGAGCGGUUAUCUGAGUUACCGUAGACUUUGUCAGUUUGAACCAGUCUGGCCAUUCUCUGUUGACCUCUCUCAUCGACAAGGAGUUUCCAUCCACAGAACUACCACUCACUGAUUUUUUGUUUUUGUUUUUGGCACCAUUCUGAGUAAAUUCUAUAGACUGUGUGUCAACCCCUGUUGUGUUAGGGUUGACCUACACAAUAUUAGGGAGGUUGCUGAUCGGUGAAUGUGGCACAUAGGGCUAUGUUAAAAUGAUUGACCAUAGCUUAACGCAAUGCUUGUAUAUUAGGUUUACUAAAAUUUAUUUGUUGAGGAGAUGAUGUACUAUUUUUAACAAUUUUACUUUUACUUUAAUAUUUAAAUAAUUUUUUCACCAAUGUCAAUAC